GUGAUGUGUUCCCAAGGAGCAAGCCAAAGAUAAACACGUAGCCAGACGAGCAGGGGCCGGAGAAUAAAUACUAUAGAGAGGAUAACGUCAAAACACCGAAAUGGAGUAGCUGCAAAGAAUAAGGAGAUUUCAGUCGGCAAGGAGACAUCCGUCAAGUUACCAAAGGGCAAGUGUUCCUCGGGCAUCGAGUCGUAUCAGUAGCUGAGUCCAAAAUGGUGCGAGCAGCGUUGGUGACUGCCACCAGUCUGGCACUGACUGGGGCUGUGGUGGCCCACGCUUACCUCCUCAAACACCAGUUCUACCCGACUGUGGUCUACCUCACCAAGAGCAGCCCCAGCAUGGCGGUGUUGUACAUUCAGGCCUUUGUGUUGGUGUUUCUGCUGGGGAAGUUCAUGAGGAAGGUCUUUUUUGGACAACUAAGGGCUGCAGAGAUGGAGCAUCUCAUCGAGCGCUCGUGGUACGCUGUGACCGAGACGUGCCUGGCUUUCACUGUGUUCAGGGAUGACUUCUCCCCUCGCUUUGUCGCCCUCUUCACGCUCCUGCUCUUCCUUAAGUGCUUCCACUGGCUGGCCGAGGACCGGGUGGACUUUAUGGAACGGAGUCCAAACAUAUCUUGGAUUUUUCACUUUAGAGUAUUAUCUCUCAUGGGACUGCUUGGCAUCCUGGAUUUCCUGUUUGUCAACCAUGCCUGUCACAGCAUCAUCACCCGCGGAGCCUCAGUCCAGCUCGUGUUCGGAUUUGAGUAUGCCAUCCUGCUGACCAUGGUGCUGACCACCUUCAUUAAGUACCUUCUGCACACUAUUGACCUGCAGAGUGAGAAUCCCUGGGACAACAAGGCCGUCUACAUGCUCUACACUGAGCUCUUCACAGGUUUCAUCAAAGUGCUGCUGUACAUCGCCUUCAUGACCAUCAUGAUAAAAGUCCACACCUUCCCCCUGUUUGCCAUCCGGCCCAUGUAUCUGGCUAUGAGGCAGUUCAAGAAAGCUGUAACAGAUGCUAUAAUGUCUCGGAGAGCCAUCCGCAACAUGAAUACACUAUACCCUGAUGCUACUCCUGAAGAUCUUCAGGCCUCUGACAAUGUGUGUAUCAUCUGUCGCGAGGAAAUGGUCACUGGAGCAAAGAAACUUCCUUGUAAUCACAUUUUCCACUCCAGCUGCCUGCGCUCCUGGUUCCAGAGGCAGCAGACCUGUCCAACCUGUCGCAUGGACGUCCUUCGUGCAUCUAAUAACAAUCAGACUCCAGCCCCGGCCCAGGCUCCGCCCCCUGCUCCUGCAGCCCCCGCCAACGCCCCCGCUGCCCCACCCCCCAAUGUGGCUCCAGGCAUGCUACCUGGCUUUCCUCCUGGUGUCUUCCCCUUCUGGGGUCCCUUCCCUGCAGUGCCUCCUCCUGCUGCAGCAGCUGCAGCUCCUGGUGCAUCUGAUGCUCCCCAGAGCAGCACAGAGGCCACGCAGGCAGCUGGUAGCAGCCAGGCCUCCUCCUCCACUGCAGACACCGCUGCAGGUGCUGCUGCUCCAGGAUCAACAAUCCCAGGUUUCCCCUUCUCCUUCCCCCCGCCUCCCUUCCCCACUGCACCGUGGCUGCCCAUGCCACCACCUCCUCCCUUCAUGUCAUCAAUGCCUCCUCCUCCUCCGUCUCUGUCCCGGCUUUCAGAGGAGGAGCUGAGGGAGCUGGAGGCAGAAGGUCGGCGGGGCCUGGAGGCGAGGCUCCAGUGCCUGCAGAACAUCCACACCCUGCUGGACGCCGCCAUGCUCAACAUCCACCACUACCUCAGCACUGUCGCCACACUCACUCCUCCUCGGACUGAGGCGACCUCUGGACAAGCCAGUGGGACAAACGGAACUGCUUCACCUGCUGCAGCUGGAAGCAGCACAGACGGACAGAAUAAGGAGUCACCCACCUCUGAACGUGUGGACGGAGCUACAGUGUCCUCUCAGCCGGCGGACUCUACUUCUACCGCCCCGGACACGGAAAGAAAAGAAGAGAUGGAGGAAGGAGCGGCGGGGGCGGGGGAGGAAGACGGAGAGCCCAACGCUGCCGAGCUGAGGCGCCGCCGCCUUCGUAAGCUAGAGACAUCAUCUUCAUCGUCAUCCUCACCCCCUCCAGACAACUGAUCCCUGUGUUCUGACUGGGACAUAUUGCUCUGGACCAACAGGAACUCUUAGCUGAUUGGUCGUUGCUUCGGUUCUUCAUUGCCUCUCUUCCCCGUGGCUCCGCCUUCCACAGGCUCAGGUUUCUAACUGUGUCGAGUUGGACUCAGGCUACCGAGAGGCGCAAUGAUCCGCACCGCUUGUCUGGACUGUAUCUGUGUCAGAAAGCAAUAGCACGACUUCUUUCUUUUUUUUCUUUGUUUGUUUGUUUUCAUUCUCCCAGAAUGACUUCUGCAAUAAGAGUAGUGCAGGUGUUUGUAAGUUUAAUCCGGUGGAAGAGGAAUUCAAACUCAUUGUCAUCAGCGAGCGUGAGAGGGUGUUUGGGUCUGUGUUUGCUAGUUCUGCUGUCGGUGAGCUCCUUGCCUGCACUUUGAUUUUUGUUCAAUUCAGCUUUCUUCAGUUUCAAGGUGGCGCCGUUCACCACGUCAACAUGUUACACAGCUCCUGGAUCAGUGUCACAUCCAGACGAUUCAAAUCAAGGGAAGCUGAUCAUCUGCUUUUUUUUCUUCUUUAACAUUCAUCACAACUCUUCUGUUGCCACUACAGUCGCUGUAACAUACUGAUUUAUUUGAAUGUGUACAUACUGUAUAAAGAGUUUUAAUAGGAUGAUCUGUACAUAAUGCAGAAUAAACUGUUUGACUGAAA